GAGAUAUCGUACUGUUCACACUGCUGAACGAUGGACCCCCACAUGGUGAAACAUGCAUGAUGGCGCAACGAGUGCUGUCUGACUGCCACAUCACAAUUGCGAGCUAAGGCACUGUGGUGACAAUCAAAGUGUGUCGUCGUCGGCCACGAUUGUGAUUGCAACGCUGCGGGGUCGUAGAAAAACAGUGCCCCACCAAUUCUCGCACGUCAACGGCCCCACCCGACUUGGACCGCGAUACAACCCAACAACAACGCUCUGCACACCGCAAACACAUUCACUCUUUGCUUAGUCAGGAGCUAUUUGAUCUAUCCAUCUCACCUCCAUCCUCGACUUCUCCGCGCAUCACUCCCUUCGCAGACGUCGAUAGCAGCUUCCACAGCCCACACACUACCCCUCACUCAGUAAACAUGUCCUGGCAAGCAUACGUCGACACGAGCCUCGUUGGCACCGGCCACGUUGACAAGGCCCUCAUCUGCGAUGUCAGCGGUCAGACCACAUGGGCUUCGUCCCCAGGCUUCUCCCUCACCGCUGCCGAGAUGGGCGCUAUCGCCUCCUCCUUCGGCGACAAGAGCGAGCCCAAGUCAGUUCUCUCCAACGGUGUCAAGGCAAACGGCGACAAAUUCAUGACCAUCGAGGCCACGGAUGAUACCCUGAUAGCAAAGAAGGGCAAAGAAGGCCUCGUUGCCUACAAGACCACACAGGCCAUCCUCAUCGCUCACCACGACCAAGACACCCAGACACCCUCUGCUUUCAACGCCGUCGCCGAGCUCGGCCUUUACCUGAAGGGUGUCGGCUACUAAGCGUUUUUGAUUCGGAGCGGUCUGUACUUUAGGAAUAUUUGCAUAGCCUUUCGUCGAAGGCACGGCGGGCGGCAUGGAACAUGGAUGUUUUGACGCCAAUGGAAGCCAUUGAUGAGGCACGACUUAGUGAUUUUUGGAGGACCCUCUCUUCGAUAGAAUGAAAUACAUGAACCCCUAAAUCUGGU